AUGAUAGCUUUAAUGGAGGUAGCUGCAGCAGAUGGAGUUUUGAGUGAAGCCGAACGUCAAUGGAUUAUUGGUCUCGCAUGUGCUAUUGGAUCGCCACAAUCCGUAAUAGAUGAACUUCAAACCUAUCAACACAAAGGUAUGGAUAGUGUACUGAAAACUUUUCAUGCUGAAAGUGGUCACAGUAACGGAAUACAUCGUCAACUGAGCUUAAUCUAUGAUGGAUUUCGGGCAGCCGGUGCAGAUGGUGAACUUCAUCCAAAAGAACUAGCAGCUAUCCAUGAACUUGCCAAAGCACUUGGUAUUGACGAAGCACAAGUAAAGCAAUUAUAUGAACUUUACAUAGAAAACCAACAAAAUCGUUUGAAACGCUUGAAGAUUAUUUUUCCGAAUGGUGGCAACAAUGCGAUAGCUGAAGUUGAAAAACUUUAUUGA